AUGCCGGAUCGAUAUCAGCCCCCAAACCCAUCGGCCGAGAGAUUGCUCCAGGAACUUAUUAGUCCUGUGACUAUCGAUCUAGAGGCCGUGACGUUCCGCGCUUGGGUCCCAGCACGAACAACGACGGAGACUGCUCGGUACAAAGAAAGAGCUCGAUCGUAUAGCAAGGAUGUCAUGGGUUCACUUCCAAAACGCCUUCCGUCCAUCCUAAGUUAUGAUGAAACUUCAGCCGAGUACAUCCGAUACGGCACAAAUAACGCCGUUUACGUUGUUGAAGGGUCGGGAAUACGAGGAAAGGGCGCACAUGCCUCGGUAAUGAAGGUCAAAAAUGUGUCUACUAGGGAACUUUUUGGUGCAAAAGAGCCGUACUACAAAAUAAGUGAUGAUGCGGAUACCUCGAGGAAACGAUUUGAAGCCUUGAGGGCUGAAUACGAUCAUAUCAAACGUCUGUAUCACUGGAUGAUUGUGGAAUAUAUUCCAUUAAACUUCGGUGAAGCCCUACCCGGGCUUGAUAAAAGUGAGCGAUUGAUAGCCAUGACACAUCUUAGCAGUACUUUGGCUUAUAUGUAUACGAGCGGCGUUCGGGACCUGAAACUGUAUAAUGCGCUUGUUAUGAAACGACAGAAGGAACUAAUUGUGAAACUAGCCGAUUUUAGGACCUUAGAACAAAAAGAGUCUGCUAAAUUGGAUACAUUUACCGGCACGGAAAUCUACAUGGCUCCUGGGCUGUUUAAUAAACCUAGGCUCUAUACAAAUAAAAUCGACAUGUGGGCUCUCGGGCUUAUUGGGAUGCAGCUAUUCACAGAUUGGGAACCCGAGACUGACGAAUAA